AUGGCUCGCCAACUCAGCCGCGACGACUACACGGUGGGCUGGGUCUGCGCCUUGCACAUCGAGCUCGCUGCAGCUCAGGAAAUGCUUGACGAAGAGCACCAAAACCCUCUUCAAAUCGGCGAAGACGCCAAUGUAUACAGUUUCGGCCGCAUUGGCGAGCAUAAUGUCGUUAUUGCAGGCCUACCCGCCGGCCAAACAGGCAUCGCCUCAGCUACAGCGGUCGCCAUGCGGAUGAAGUCUUCGUUCCCGUGCAUUCGAUUUGGUUUAAUGGUCGGAAUCGGAGGCGGUGUUCCAAGCAGAGAUGCUGACAUUCGGCUAGGCGACAUUGUUGUCAGCCAGCCAGAAAAAGGCCAUGGCGGGGUGAUCCAGUACGACUUUGGCAAGUCAACGCCAAACGGGUUUGAGCAGACAGGAUUCCUUAAUACUCCACCUCCAGUCCUCCUUAGCGCGAUCACGAAGCUUCAGGCUUACCAUGACCGAGGUAGAAGCGAUCUUUCACAUCAUCUAGCGAAGCUCAGCAAUCUCCCCAAAUUCGCCCGCGAUAGAGCAGGCAGCGAUCUGCUGUUUGACCCAAAGUACGAUCAUGAAGGAGACAAAAACUCAUCGGGGAAUCAGGUGAUGAGGGACGGCAGGACGCGAGACAAAGUCAGCUCAGAAUUCAGAGGAGUGCUUUGCUUCGAAAUGGAGGCAGCUGGCCUGAUGAACAGUUUCCCGUGCUUGGUGAUCCGUGGCAUCUGCGACUAUGCCGAUUCGCACAAGAAUAAGAAAUGGCAACCUUAUGCAGCUGGAACUGCGGCGGCAUAUGCGAAGGAGCUGCUUUUAGUGAUACCAGCGGCAGAUGUGUUGAAAACACAGACGGCUGACAGAGCAACACAAGAGCAUUCGCGUACUCUCUACAUUCCUUUUCUACGAAAUCGCCAAUUUGUUGGUCGAAGUACAGAGCUCAGCAGGCUGAAACGAAAGCUGUUUCAGGAUGCAGAUUGUCAAAAGGUGGCGAUCAGCGGCCUUGGUGGUAUUGGCAAGACACAAGUCGCGCUACAGUUCGCAUACUCUGUUAAGGAAGAUUACCCUGAACUUUCUAUCUUCUGGGUACAGGCGUUGAGUAUGGAGUCUUUUGAGCGGGGUUGUAUGGAGAUUGCAAGGGCACUAGGAAUACACCAUGGGCAAGAGAGCAAAGAAGACGUGAAAAUGCUAGUACGGCGAUGGCUAUGUGCAAAGUCCGCAGGAAAGUGGUUGUUAAUUGUUGACAAUGCGGACGAUUUGGACUUACUUCGUGGGCCGAAGCAAACAGAUGGCUUGUUGAACUUUCUUCCGGAGAGUGAUGAUGGCCUGACAGUGUUUACAACACGAUUUGGAGGCAUAGCCCAAUACCUGGCAGGCAGCGACGUGGUUGAUAUAGGGAAGAUGACCGAACAGGAAACAAUAGACUUAUUAGAGAAGUCCUUGAUUCGAAAAAGUCCCCCUUACAACGAGAACAUCAUCAGGAAUCUUCUCACAGAACUAGAAUACCUUCCAUUAGCGAUCACCCAGGCGGCAGCAUAUAUCAACACUAAUAAAAGCUCCAUCUUUGAGUAUCUACGGCUACUGAAGAAUACAGACCAGGAUGCCCUUGCCAUCUUAAGCAUGGAUUUUGGCGACAAGACACGAUACCCGAAUUUAACAAAUGCAGUCGCGAAGACAUGGCUGAUAACGUUCAACAAGAUUCUUGAGCACGACUCAUUGGCAGCAGAUCUCCUUGCAUUUAUAUCUUGUAUUGAAUGGAGGGCAAUACCGUACUCCAUUUUACCAGCAGCGCAUCCCGAAGCGCGGUUGGCAGCUGCCGUUGGCACGCUCUGUUCAUAUUCAUUUCUAGAGAAAAGGGAUGACAAGAAGCUCGACAUGCAUAGACUGGUCCACUUCGCGACCAGGAGAUGGAUCGUUACAAACGACCGUGAAGCAGAAGCUGGUAUGGCAGCAUUGAAGCAACUUCUAAAAGUCUUUCCAUCUAAUGAUUACACAAAUCGCGAGAUUUGGCGGGAUUAUCUACCGCAUGUCGCACGCAUAGAUAAAGAUGAGCGAUGCCAAAACACACAGGAAAGGAGCGAGCUCUGUCUGAAAGUCGGGCAGUGCUUACACACCGAUGGAAGAAUGAGAGAAGCCCUCCAAUGGACGCAAAAGUCUUGCGAAUGGAGAGAUAGAAAUCUUCCUGAACAUCAUCCCUCUCGACUGGAGUCCCAACAUGCGCUUGCUGCAGCAUAUCACGCAAAUGGACAUUUUAAGGAAGCAGUUAAACUCUUUGAGUAUAUUGCUUCAAAAACAGCAGAAAUAUUUACUAAAGAUCAUCCUACUCGACUAGUAUCCCAAUAUGCGCUUGCUCAAGGAUAUCUUGCAGAUAGACAGAUCAAGAAAGCAAUUAAACUGCUAGAGCAUGUUGUUACAAAACAAGCAGAAAUACUUGCUGAAGAUCAUCGUGCUCGACUAGCAUCCCAACAUACGCUUGCUAGAGCAUAUCUAGCAGAUAGACAGGUCAAGGAAGCAGUCAAGUUAGAGGAGCAUAUUGUUGCCAGACAAGCAGAAAUACUUGCUGAAGAUCAUCGUGCUCGACUAGUGUCCCAACAUACGCUUGCUGGAGCAUAUCUAGCAGAUGGACAAGUCAAGGAAGCAGUUAAACUGCUAGAGCAUGUUGUUACAAAACAAGCAGAAAUACUUGCUGAAGAUCACCGUGCUCGACUAGCAUCCCAACAUACGCUUGCUGGAGCAUAUCUAGCAAAUGGAGAGGUCAAGGAAGCAGUUAAACUGCUAGAGCAUGCUGCAAUAAAACAAGCAGAAAUACUUGCUGAAGAUCAUCCUGCUCGACUAGUGUCCCAGCAUAUACUUGCUAGAGCGUAUCAAGCAAAUGGACAGGUCAAGGAAGCAGUCAAGCUACUAGAGCAUAUUGUUGCAAACAAAGUAGAAAUAUUUGCUGAAGAUCAUCCUGCUCGACUAUUGUCCCACCGUAUGCUUAUUAGAGCAUAUCAAGCAAAUGGACAGAUCAAAGAAGCAGUCAAGUUGCUGGAGCAUGUUCAUAAGAUUCAGCAGGGAGUGCUGACACCACUUAAUCCUCUCAGUAGUGUUCCGCAAGAUAGGCAACCAGUGUGUCGCAUACCCGGUGCUUCGGAAUAG